AUGCAACAACAAGACAAGACUGGAAAAGUAGAGCAGCAUCAGAGAAAGGUAGAAAAAAAAAAAAUGAUGAGAAAAGACAUAAGAAAAAGGGCAAAAAGAAAGAUAGAAGAAAAUGACCAACAAGAGGACAAUAUAAAGAAUAAGGAAAUGAUGAGAAAAGAGAAAAAGAGGAAAGAUAUGGAAGAGAAGGGACAACAAGGCAGAAGAAGAAGUAAGAGCAAGAGAACAGUAGGGAAAACAAAAGGUGGAAAUACGGAAAUGGAACAGAAGGCAGUAAAACAGGAAGAAGUAAUAGAGAAAAAGAGAGGAGAAGAAAUAGGAGAAAAGACCAAAGAGCAAGGAAACACGAAACGCAAUGAUAGGAACAAGAAAAGGAAAGAGAAAGGCAAG